GACGGUCACCUGAUCAACCGCGGCGGCGGCAGACAGAGGCCGCGGACACCUCGGCGAUGAUGGCGGCUACUGCGGCGGGUUGGGCUCAGGCCGGGACCAGGCGGGCCCCGCCGCCCUGGCAGAUGCCGUGGCUGCCGCUGCUGCUGGUGGCGGCGGCGGCGACGGCGGCGGCAGAGCAGCAGGUGCCCCUGGUGCUGUGGUCGAGUGACCGGGACUUGUGGGCUCCUGCGGCCGACGCUCACGAGGGCCACAUCACCAGCGACAUGCAGCUCUCCAACUACUUGGGCCCCGCCCUGGAGCUGGGGCCCCGCAACGUGCUGCUGUUCCUGCAGGACAAGCUGAGCAUCGAGGACUUCACAGCCUAUGGCGGUGUGUUUGGAAACAAGCAGGACAGCGCCUUUUCCAAUCUGGAGAAUGCCCUGGACCUGGCGCCCUCCUCACUGGUGCUUCCUGCCGUCGACUGGUACGCCGUGAGCACCCUGACCACUUACCUGCAGGAGAAGCUCGGGGCCAGCCCCCUGCACGUGGACCUGGCCACCCUGCGGGAACUGAAGCUCAACGCCAGCCUCCCGGCCUUGCUGCUCAUCCGCCUGCCCUACACGGCCAGCUCGGGGCUGAUGGCACCUCGAGAAGUCCUUACUGGCAAUGAUGAGGUCAUCGGGCAGGUGCUGAGCACACUGCAGGCCGAGGACGUGCCAUACACUGCAGCCCUCACGGCGGUCCGCCCUUCCCGGGUGACCCGCGAUAUAUCCCUGGUGACUGGGGGGCCAGGGCGCCAGCUGCUGCAGAAGCGCUCCACGCCAGUCAAGAUAUAUCCCCCUGUGAGUUUCAAUGACACUGAUCCCCGGAUCCUGUUCUGGGCCCAAAACUUCUCGGUGGCGUUCAAGGACAAGUGGGAGGACCUGACCACCAUCACCUUUGGGAUCAAGGAUCUUAACAUGUCCGGCUCCUUCUGGAACGACACGGAUGCCAGGCUUUCUCUGACUUACGACCAACUCUUCUCCGCUUCCACGGUGACUUUCACAUUCGUCCUGACCAACCGCUUCUACCCCGUCUCGGCCCGGCGCUGGUUCACCAUGGAGCGCCUUGAGGUGCGCAGCAAUGGCUCCGUGGUCUACUUCAACGCGUCCCGGGUCACAGCGCCCAGCACGUACUCCUUCCACUGCGAGUACGUCAGCACCGUGAGUGGCAACGGCGACCUCCUGGUGCCCCGCGUGCAGCCUUCUCUCUGGCAGAUCCAUCUCUGGGACUUCCAGAUCCAGGCGUUCAACGUGAGCAACGGGGAGUUCUCCUACGCCAGCGACUGUGCUGGCUUCUUCUCCCCGGGCAUCUGGAUGGGUUUGCUCACCUCCCUGUUCAUGCUCUUCAUCUUCACCUACGGCCUGCACAUGAUCCUCAGCCUCAAGACCAUGGACCGCUUCGACGACCACAAGGGCCCCAGCAUCUCCUUGACCCAGAUUGUGUGAGCCCGCGCCCCAGAAGGCAGCCGGCGUGCUGGGGUCCCAUCAUCGGUUCCUCCCCCCCUCACCGAACCACACGGCUCUCCCCGUUCCAAGCACAUGCCCCUCCCCCUUCCAACCGUCGCAUGAACUUCAGCGCCCCUCAGCCUGUCAUUCCCCGGUCCACCUGCUGAGGGCUGACCUUGACCCCCCUCGCCCCCCCAAAGAUCAAGGUGUACAUAUCCCGUGUAGAGAGUAGGUGGAUCUC